GUCGUGUGGCAAAUUUUAGGCAAUUUUAGGCACGGUGAGCACUAGACUUCAAGGGUCUCAACCUUUGCCAAAUCAACUUGCGCUCUUCAUUGCUUUUACACAAUCUAUGAAGCCCAUUGCCGCCAAUUAUAUUCUCUUGAGUUAUCAAUGCCUAUUGCACCCCAUGAGGCAAAUAGUCUGCCUGGCAAGAUACGACGGCAAAGGCUCACGACUGCCUGUGGUCCAUGCCGAGAUCGUCGAGUCAAAUGCAAUCGUCUUAAGCCUGCCUGUUCACAGUGUACAAAAGCUAGCAGGCCUUGCAAGUAUGUCAGUGGCAAUAACAAGAAGCUUGAGUUUCGACAUGUCACGAGUCCGGAUUCAGAAGCUCCAUCGGACGGCUCAUGGACUUCGCUUCUAGACCAACAGACAUCCUUGUCUAGGACUCCAAGCUGUACUGGUAUACCAUCAUGGGUCUUAGCAGAAGAAAAAGAGUUGUCCUUUCCGCGUCCUAAGCGAUGCAUGCCUCCAGCCCAUGGCGUACCUAUUAGCUCACUGGAUGAAGAGUUUCUCCAUUUUAUGACGAGCCGAAUGCCUUCUUCUAUCCUCUGCCAGAGAUACUUCGAGAACUUCUUGCGAACCAUUUAUCCUCUCGUACCGAUCUGUCAUGUACCGACUUUGGAACAGACAUAUUCUAGCUUCUAUUCCACUCUCUGUUCAGACAUAUCUGCCGAAUUAUUGCUUCUUGUGCUGGCAAUUCUCUCCGCCGGUUCCGCCAACAUGCCGUCCCCUGACUCGAGUUCACCCUUGCUGCUAGACUUAUACAACGAAAUUGCCUCUCACUUGGAUUUGGCCUCAUAUCAUAUCAGAGACGAAGAUGCUGCCCUUCAACUACUCCAAGCUCAUCUCAUCAUGAACACUUUUCGAGCUAAUCAGCUUGCACCGUUCGCGGCAUAUGGUUUCCUGCCUCAAGCCAUUCGCUUUGGGCAGCUGAUGAGGCUUCACCUGGAGCAGUCGGAAGCUAGGAAUUGCAAAAGCUCAAGAAGUCCAGAGUGUGUAGAGCAGAGGAGGAGAGUUUGGUUUCAUCUUGUGUUUUUGGAUGUCGAGUCGGUCGUUGCCAAUGGUCUCCCACCUAUUAUUCGCUCAGACGGAUACAUAACAAAACUCCCAUCCCUGACUUAUGAUUGCGAGCCUUUGUCUGAACCAAAACAACAAGUGUUUGAAAAUAUGAGUUCGACUAUGAUUGCGACCCAGGGGCAUUAUCUGUGGGCAAAGCAUAUGCAGAAGUGGUUUGAAGUACUGCCAACACAGGCUGAAGUUGCCGACUUCAGGGCUGUUAUCAAUCAUUUGUUGGAAGUAGUUCCUGACAAUGGCUGUCCUGAGGAGCAAUGGACGAGGACUUAUCUUAAGAUGCAAAUUGAUAGAGCAUAUUGUAUGCUUGGGUUGCGAUUCUGGCAGCUAGAUCGCUUCAGCGGAACUGGUUGCCAGAGCGAAGUCGUCAGAACCGCACGAUCCUUUCUCCACCACUACCUCACACUUUCGGCCUCCUCAAAUUCACAUUUCUCCUGGUUCCUUCCCGGACUUGUUCAACCCCUCCACGCCAUGAUUAUCUUGCUCAUGCAUCUAUCAAGCUGCACUCACAUCUAUUCAGAAGAAAGUCUCUCUCGCUCACUCCUGGAUGACGUGUUUGAGCUGAGAAUUAGCAGAAUUAGAGCUGGUUCCAUCAUCUCGGAGAAGGCAAAAAUCAAGGGCGAGAUGCUACCACAGAGAAGUAACAAGAGAUACAGUAUGCUUGUUGAUCUAAGAAUGAGAGUUUGGAAGAGAUUGGGGUGGGACAGAAAUGGGAGAGGGAAAGAUCCUUUUUGUGGGAGACUUGAUGAUGAGGACGGCCAGAGGGCUGAGACGUCUGGGGAGGAAGGCAUCAACGAUGUUGCUAAAGGCGGCCAGGAAGACUCAACAGACAGCAUGAACUCGUACAUGGUAGGCAUUGAGGAUUUGAUGGCCGAGGAUCCAAUGGACAUGUUCCAUUGGGACAAGUGGGAAGGAUUGACGGAGGGGCUCUUCGUCUCAUGAGCUGGCCGAAACUGCUUUCUGAACACUCUCAUUCUACAUAUUGUUCAGCACAUCAAUUAGUCCCCCAAUACUCUCUUCUUAUUCAUCUCUCCAUAUCUCCACAACUUUAAAAACACAAUCGCCAAUCCACCAUUCACUUUUCGUUCACGAGCCCAACCUCGGCACACAUCUGCCAAGAAAGCCUUCCGUCUCAGCCUCGUCUCUGCUUGAAGUGCAAGCAUUUCCAAAAUCAGAUAAAUCUCC